AUGAAAAAGUUUUCCUCUCUAUCUCCUGAUUCCUCUUCACUCCGGGGUGCUGAAUCAAGUAGGCAACAUCAUCAGGAUGUCUGCAGUACAGCAGAGCCCUCCACUAAUAAAGAGUCCAGAAGAAGCUUGGCUUCAUUCCCAACAUAUGUUGAAGUUCCUGGACCUUGUGAUCCUGAAGACUUAAUUGAUGGAAUCAUUUUUGCUGCCAAUUACCUUGGCUCCACUCAACUCCUUUCUGACAAAACUCCCUCCAAGAAUGUGAGAAUGAUGCAGGCACAAGAGGCUGUCAGCAGAAUCAAGGCUCCAGAAGGUGAAUCUCAACCCAUGACCGAAGUGGACCUCUUCAUUUCUGAGCAGAGCUGCUGGUCCACUUUUAUGUGCCCUUCUGCGCAAACUGCUGUGCAGAUAUAUAUGUUGUUGUUUUAUUAUUGAAAUAAAAUUUCCA